UGGGUCUAACCAUAACGGGUCGCUCAGCCGAGACCCGAAUCUCUUGGAGCUAAGAGUUUCUUGUAAAGUCUAAUAAUAAAAUCUAACAACGUUGAAUAUUAAACUCUUAUCGAGACAGAAGUUAAUCGAGUUCGGAAACAUUGUGAGGAUACUCGACCCUCCAAGAGAAAAAAGUAAUUAAACAUCGAUUCAUCGAUCGAACUUCGCCCAUCCCUAGUGACAGCUGAGUUGGAUGAAAGCGAUCGCGUCGGCGGCGAUUUGCGACUUAGCCGCAAUUUUGUAACAGGUAGCUGGGAUUUAAAAGACCACGUACGUCUACACAUUUUGAAAAGCUUUGUCGAGUUCGCGUUAGGACGAUUCCUCUGGCACUGUCGGAGUAGCCGAGAGAACAAGAAAGAGAUUUAAACAUGGUAGUGCUUAGCAAUUUCCUAACGCCACAGGAAGGAAUACGUCAUGAGGAGCAGAAUACUACAGUAUAUAUCAAUGAUAGAGAAGUAGGAAAGGGUACUUUCUAUAUCACAGAAAGCGUUCUUUCUUGGGUGAACAGUGACACACAACAGGGAUUUUCACUUGAAUAUCCUCAUAUUUCACUACAUGCUAUUUCUAGAGAUGAACAAGUUCAUCCUAGACAAUGUUUAUAUGUUAUGGUGGAUGGCAAAGUGGAUCUCCCAGACAUGCCAUUACCAUUAUCGCCUGAUAACAGCUCAGAAAAUGAGGACGACGAUGGAGAUACUCCAAUCACGGAAAUGCGAUUUGCGCCGGAUAAUACGAAUAAUUUAGAAUUAAUGUUUCAAGCGAUGAACGCAUGCCAAGCACUUCAUCCUGACCCGCAAGACAGUUUCUCGGAUGAGGAUAUUUAUGAAGACGCUGCGGAAGACUAUGGAGAGUACAGUGAGGAAGUGGGCGCUGGCGAUGCUCCUUAUAUUUUGCCAGAGCAAAUGGGGACCAGUCAUAACGGAUCGGAGGCGGAAGAAGCUAUGGAUGUUGAAGCGGGUCAAUUCGAAGACGCGGAGGAAGAUCCGUAAAUUGUGACCUUUAGGUCCGAAUGGCAUUUAGUGUUAAUUUACACGAUUACCAAUUUCAUAUAUUUCGGUAGGUAUAUGUGACAUCGUUAUUGCAAGACUUACGUAUGAAACGUAAAGCACCUAAACAUUUAUUUAUAUUCAUUUUGUACAUGAUGAUAAUUUCUUAGAAAAUAAAUAAUUGUACAUCAAU